AGGCUGAAGUCAACGUCUUCUGAACAUUAUACAGCUGCAUUAUGGAACAAUAUCGCCAGAUAAGUUCCGGUGAGGCUCAACCAGGUGAGUUAGAUGCUGCAGACACAGCCCUGAUGAUACAGGUACUUGAGAGGCUUCUCAACGACGACUCCUUCCUGGACGAUGAGAUCAAGAAGGAGAUAAAACAGUAUGAUAACGAUGGUAACCUCAAGAUCGACCGGGCUGAGUUCCAGCAAAUGCUGAACUCCUAUCUGGGAACGAUAAGUGAGGACGAGAGCUCGGAGUUGUUCGACGAUAUCGACAAGGACGGAUCUGGGUUUAUCGAGAUCAGCGAGCUAAAACGGGUUCUACGGAACCAGAUAAUGCUGGAACUAGACAGGCUGAAGCUCGAGAAUGGAAUGUAGCUGGAACUUUCUACGAGAGAGAACAAUCAUGGACUGAAUUUUUUUAACCGCCAGACUUUGGCCAAAAAACUCUUAAACGUUGCUCAAUUGUUCUGGUGUCAACCUGUGAAUUCCCAGAUUUUAAAUUAUAAAUUUCAGAACUCGGAGAUUAUUUCAAAAUGAUUUUCGUUUUUGCAUGCAGGAUCCGAGUCAUUGGAACAAAACUUAUUGUUAAUGUAUUGAACGGAACGCCCUUAUUUGGAAAUUUGGUAUUAUGUAUACACUAAAUGGCUAGUGAUAGACAAGUUAAGUUCUGACGUUAUAUAAUUAUAUUUAUCCUUGAUCUAAGAAUUAUAUGUAGCUAAUAUGUAGAUAAUACUUAUUAUUAAGCUGUGAAAAAUAUUUCGUUUUAUCAGUAAAUUUUCAUCUAGUCUAACAAUUUAUGUUUGUGAAAUUUAAUCGUUUGCAAAAAAGAAGAACGAUAGCCAAUACUGUAUCAUUUCAUUGCAAUAAA